AUGUUUUUUUGGACCCUCGUGCUUUUUGCCCUUUUCUUCACCAAAGGCCUCACUGGAGAACUUGGGCCAUGUGCCAACAUAGAUGAAUGGGGUUACUGCCAGGACGAGCAGAGAUUGGCCGCCAACAAGGCGGAUUACCCAUGGGUGAUCGAAAUCAUACUCCUCUUCGCGGGGUGUGUUGUACCAUAUUUGGGCGUCUUCUUCCUGUUACGCUUCAUGGAUCCCGACAAGCUGAGCCACUACAUACAUUACAUUUGGACAUUCACCACCAUCUGGGCCACGGGAGCGUCUCUCGGAAUACGUUCCUUUAUCGUGGAUCCGGAUGGCGACGCGAUGUUCUAUUCGCUACUCGACCUCACAGCAGUUGUAGUGAUUCCCAUGGUGACUUCUUUGCCGUUUCACUGCACACUGCUUCUGGUGGUGAUCAACCUGAUUGCAGUCGUCGCCAUUUUAUGGACGCGAUUUGCAUCAAAGCUGCUGGGCUCGUCAGUUUGCGCUUUCCUGUACAUCUUCGUGGGUACCUUCACCAUUCUGAUACAUGUUCGAGACAACGAGAAGGAAGAGCGAAGACGAUAUAUUGCUGAGACAGAACUGAGGUACAUGAACGCCGGAUUGAAGGAUCGCUUAGCGGGGCUCCAAAGACAAUUGAGCGAGCAGAUGGCCGAUCUGGAAACACCGCUGGAGAAGGCGCUCAUCACAAUAAAGUCUGUGAUGGCAAAUCCCAGACUGGACAAGAGCUCCUUUGAUCAUCUAGCGAAAGCUUUGGGAUGGUUAGGGAACUCAAAUAAGCUAUUCACUCCCAAUCUGGAGCAACAACUACAUGGGGGUUUAGUUGGAGUGAACAAAGAUCAGGAGCAAUGGCUCCUGCAAAUGCUCUCGGAUCAGCUUGGACAUCGUCGAAAACAGCCAGGGCACCGCACGCAGCCCCCGAUGACUUCGAGACUUGGCGGGGGAGGGGCAAUCAAUACCAAUCUCUCCGAUCUGGAGCUGUUCGCCUCAUAUAUCGCAGCGGCAAUCCAUGGCAAGAAUGUGAACCAUCCCGGCCUGAAUAACAAGUUUCUCAUCGAAACUCAUGACCCACUUGCAGUACUGUACAACGAUCGAUCUGUCCUCGAAAAUCACCAUUUGGCCACAGCAUUUUCCAUUAUGUAUCAAGAGGAUACGAAUAUCGUGGAGAACUUCUCGCUUGAUGACGCUCACAAGUUUAGAGAGCUUGUGAUUUCGAUGGUUCUUGCGACGGACGUGACAAACCAUUUCACAAAGCUUGCCAUGUUCAAAAACAAGCUUUCAGCACCGGGCGCCUUCGACCCGGCCAACAAUACGGAGGACAGGAAUCUUUUCCUGGAAAUGGCCAUCAAAUGCGCCGAUGUGUCUAAUCUGUCUCGAGAGUGGCCCGUCUACUUCGAAUGGCUCAAUCGAUUGAUCUUGGAAUUCCUGAAUCAAGGUGACGAAGAAAGGCGGCGUGGGAUGCCAGUUAGUCCGUUCAUGGACCGAGAGAAGAUCAACAUCCCGCAAAGUCAGAUUGGAUUCAUUGAUUAUAUGUGUCUACCGAGUGAGUUCCGUGACAUGUUCGAAGUUCUCGCCAAAGCAACCCCUUUACCACCGAUGCUGGAGCUUCUGGCUGAGAAUAGGGAGAAACUGAGUCUCAUGAAAGAUGAAGACGCUAAACAAAACAUGGCUGGGUUCUCCAAGGUCGUCAGAACUUCGGAGAUAGAUGAUUAG